GGCGCCGGUGGGGCGCGGGCUGGCGCAGGGAGGAGUCCAGGGCGCGCGGGCGGAAAGACUACAUCUCCCAGGCCGCCACGCUUUCCAGCUGGAGUGCUAGGGCGCCGGCUGCUCCCCAGUUUCCGUAGGGAAGCGCCGGGUUACCUCAGCUAUUGUGUAUCGCCCCGUCGCCCCUCCGCUUCCCGCUCCCGUGUCCAUGGAGGAAGGCUGCUUUUCUUUACCGCCCGCACUUAACCCUUCCGGCACCUACCCCGAUCGCAGGCCGGCUCCCUCAGACUAGGGAGAAGCCCCGCCAGACGGCGGGCUCCGGUAAGGAAACCCUGGGGUACAAGGAAGAUAGCCGAAGGACGAGCCUGAAGGCUCCGGCUUGGCUUCCUAGCCCCAGUGGGCUGGUGUGGAAGCGCUGGCUUUAAGAAGGGGGAGGGGACGGCAAUCCGGGUGGCCCGCGGAGUUUAGCGAGGAAAUCUUCUCUAGCUCCGGAGCUGGAAGCGCUGAGAGGCGGCUCCCAGCUCCAGCCUUCUCCCCCGCCUACACCCUGGGCGGGCCCUAGUGUCACGUUUACCAGAGCUCAGGAAGAAUCCCGCAGGUCUCCGGAGGCGAGCCGGCCUGCGGUUUUUGCUGUGAUGCCGAGGGGGCAUGCUGCUUCCUAGGCAGUAUCCUGUCGGGAUCAGACUGCAGUCGUGAGCCAUCCCUGCCACCUGAAGUCACCACCGGGCCGCGCGUGCCUCGCCACCACCACCGAGCGCUCCUCGGGAAUCUCACUGGAACAGAAACAUGGGGCAUCCCCCGCUGGAGUUCAGCGACUGCUACCUGGACAGCCCCGAUUUCCGCGAGAGGCUCAAGUGUUAUGAACAGGAGCUUGAGAGGACCAAUAAAUUCAUCAAAGACGUGAUCAAAGACGGCAACGCUCUUAUCAGCGCUAUGAAAAAUUACUCCUCUGCUGUUCAGAAGUUUUCCCAGACAUUACAAUCAUUUCAGUUUAAUUUCAUUGGAGACACUCUGACUGAUGAUGAGAUUAACAUUGCUGAAUCCUUCAAGGAGUUUGCCGAGUUGCUCAAUGAAGUAGAAAAUGAGAGGAUGAUGAUGGUCCAAAAUGCUAGUGAUUUGCUGAUCAAACCCUUGGAAAAUUUCCGAAAGGAGCAAAUAGGUUUCACAAAGGAGCGGAAAAAGAAAUUUGAAAAGGAUGGUGAGAAAUUUUAUUCUUUGUUGGACCGGCACUUACAUUUAUCAUCUAAAAAGAAAGAAUCUCAGUUACAAGAGGCAGACCUCCAGGUGGACAAAGAGAGACACAAUUUCUUUGAAUCUUCCCUUGAUUAUGUUUAUCAAAUCCAGGAAGUUCAAGAGUCCAAGAAAUUCAAUAUUGUGGAGCCAGUCUUGGCCUUUCUUCAUAGCCUCUUCAUUUCCAACAGCUUGACUGUGGAGCUCACACAGGAUUUCCUCCCAUACAAACAGCAGCUCCAGCUCAGUUUGCAGAAUACAAGAAAUCAUUUCUCCAGUACCCGGGAGGAGAUGGAAGAACUUAAGAAAAGGAUGAAAGAAGCUCCCCAGACGUGCAAACUUCCAGGACAGCCAACCAUUGAAGGCUACCUUUAUACCCAAGAGAAAUGGGCUUUGGGAAUAUCCUGGGUGAAGUACUAUUGCCGAUAUGAGAAGGAAACUAAAACGCUCACCAUGACACCUAUGGAACAGAAGCCAGGUGCUAAGCAGGGGCCCUUGGACUUAACCCUGAAGUACUGUGUGAGAAGGAAGACAGAGUCUAUUGAUAAGAGGUUCUGUUUUGAUAUAGAAACUAAUGAAAGGCCGGGAACCAUCACUCUGCAGGCUCUUUCAGAAGCUAACAGAAGGCUAUGGAUGGAAGCCAUGGAUGGGAAAGAACCUAUAUACCACAGCCCCAUAACAAAGCAGGAAGAAAUGGAGCUGAAUGAAGUGGGGUUCAAGUUCGUUAGGAAGUGCAUCAAUAUCAUUGAGACCAAAGGGAUCAAGACUGAAGGGCUGUAUCGCACCGUGGGUAGCAAUAUUCAAGUUCAGAAGCUACUGAAUGCCUUUUUUGAUCCCAAAUGCCCUGGAGAUGUUGAUUUUCAUAAUAAUGACUGGGACAUUAAGACAAUCACCAGUUCCUUGAAAUUCUACCUCAGGAAUCUCUCUGAACCUGUCAUGACCUACAGGCUUCAUAAAGAGCUGGUUUCAGCUGCCAAAUCAGACAACCUGGAUUACCGGCUGGGAGCUAUUCAUUCCCUUGUAUACAAGCUACCAGAAAAGAACCGUGAGAUGCUAGAACUUUUGAUAAGACACUUGGUCAAUGUUUGUGAACAUAGCAAAGAAAAUCUUAUGACCCCUUCCAACAUGGGAGUGAUUUUUGGGCCCACCCUAAUGCGUGCUCAAGAGGAUACUGUGGCUGCCAUGAUGAACAUCAAGUUCCAGAACAUCGUGGUAGAAAUCCUAAUUGAGCACUUUGACAAGAUCUAUUCAGGUCCACCUGAGGAAAGUGCUGCAGCCCCAGUGCCUCCACCUCGAGUGGCAGCUAGAAGACACAAACCAAUCACAAUUUCAAAGCGUUUGCUGAGAGAAAGGACAAUUUUCUAUACUUCUUCCAUGGAUGAAAGUGAAGAUGAGAUCCACCAUCAAACACCCAAUGGUACUAUUACUAGCAGCCUAGAACACCCUAAACUGCCACAACACCUCAAGCUGCCCCUACAGAGGAGUGCAGAUGCUGAUCCUGGGAGGAAGUCACCGAGCAGACCUGUUCCAGAUGGCAAAUUGGAACCUUGUCCUGAGGUGGAUGUGGGGAAAUUCGUGUCUAGGCUGCAGGAUGGAGGGACCAAGGCUAUCCCCAAAACCACCAAUGGACCUGUGCCAGCCUCUGGGCCCAUGAAGACACCGUCCUUGCAUGUGAAGAGACAAGCUCCUCGGCCUCUUGCUCAGCACAAGGAAGGGGAUGCUGACAGUUUCAGCAAAGUGCGGCCUCCAGGGGAAAAGCCAACCAUUAUCCGCCCCCCAGUGAGGCCCCCAGACCCUCCUUGCCGGGCAGUGACUCCCCAAAAGCCUGAACCAAAGCCAGAGAUUGUGGUUGGCAGUGCAGGGGAAAUUCCAUCAUCUGUGGUGGCCUCCAGGACCAGAUUCUUUGAAACAGCUUCCCGGAAAACAGGAAGUUCUCAAGGUAGACUUCAUGAAGAUGAGAGUUGAGGCCACAGAUUUUAAAAGCCUUCACCUCGGGGACACUUUCCAGGUUGCUUGCUGAAUCAUUCUGUGUUGAAGAGCAGCUCCUUCCUGGCCCGUC